AUGCAAGCCCCAUUUAAAACAACUCUGAUUUUGCAGAUUGUUGGCCUUGUUGGCUCAAUUGACAAUGAUUUCUGCGGUACGGAUAUGACCAUUGGCACGGAUACUGCUCUUCAACGAAUUAUUGAAGCCAUCGACUCGGUGAUGUCAACAGCGCAAAGUCACCAACGCACUUUUGUCAUUGAGGUGAUGGGCCGCCACUGUGGCUAUUUGGCACUCGUGGCUGCCUUAGCAUCCGAGGCAGAUUUUUGUUUUAUCCCUGAAUGGCCAGUUCCAGUUGACUGGCCUGCAGUUCUGUGUUACAAGCUGCAAAUGAUGCGUAAGGAAGGAUCACGCUUGAAUAUUAUUAUUGUUGCUGAAGGCGCACUGGAUCGAGACGGCAAAAUUAUCACAGCGGACCAGGUUGGCCACUUUGUUAGUUUAUUGUGCAAUGGGAAAUCAUUUUCUGGUUAG